CGAUGAUGCUAAAUUAAAAAGCACGUGUGAAAAAAACAAAAACAAAACAGAAUUCUUUAAAAACAGAUUUUAAAAAUAGCGCGAAAUACUUAAUCGUGUGGGGGAGGUGUGGGUGAUAGAGUUUUUUUUUUAUAUUGGCUUGCACGGUUUGUGCGUCAGCCCCGACAGGGUUAUGUGAUUGAGUAAAAAAAUAAAUUACCGGAAAAAGUUUUCAUAAUAAGCUUCCUAUUUUUCUUUGAAUGUGUCAGUGUGUUUGAAGAGAUGUGUUACGAACUUUUUUGGUCGAAAAUGUUUACGCUAACGGAACCCUAGCAGAAAGUGAAAAGGUGCGAGGCUCGCGGCGCCAGUGGACUAAAGACGGCGCUUACUUCCGAUCGCAGACUUCCCGCGGCCAGACGUCCGAGCGUCCCGCGAAAAAAAAACAAAACAACCAAACUCGUUUCUGUAAUAAAAAAAAAACAAUGUUCGUGAAAAAGUGAGUGAAUUAGGUAUGUGCGAACGGAACGUGCUCGAUGGAUUGGUGGCGGUCAAAAAUUUCAAAAUUCGAAGAAGAGUGCGCUCCUUUGGCAACAUGGCGCCUGGGAAGUUGACAGUGUUUUGUUUUUUGGCGGGAAUCCUCGGUGCGAUGUGCUCGGAAGCGGACAAUGACGUUUUGACGUUGCAAGACGAUUUGGACUUGAAAGAGGAGGUAGCCUCCGAUAGGCGGCGGCCGUCGAACGAACAAGAGAAGGACAUACUUCUUUUAGGCGCUUUAGGAAGAAGAAAAGGAUCAUACCAUAGUUCUUACUCCUCGUCACAGGAAGACGAUUCCAUCAUGGAUUUGCUCGGAAAAAUGAUACCGCAGACCUGUAGGUACCGUGGGGCGAGGUACCCUUGCGGGCUAAGCAUAUCAUGCGUCAUCGGCGGAGGGAAGCCCCUGGACCUUUGCUCUGGUGGCAUGAUCUGGGCGUGCUGUGUCGACAGAGAUACGACCGAGAGGCCGAGUGAGAUCGCACCGGUGGUCCACAAUGCAAGUGACUUAAUCGAAUUGAUCGGACAAUUCCCACACGAAUCAUAUGACUAUCAGAACACAAACCAAUACGAGGACCCAAUCGUCGUGUACACGGACACAACCCGCCCGAAACCACACUUGAGUCGGCCCGAAUCCGACUAUAACCGUCCGAAACCGACUAACACUCGGCCCGAACUCGACUAUAACCAUCCGAAACCGACUAACACUCGGCCCGAACCCGACUAUAACCAGCCGAAACCGACUAAUAGUCGGCCCGAGUCGGACCAAAACCACCAUACCGACUGGGGUUAUGGACAGAACAAUUAUUUUCACGUGAAACCUUCAUACCACGAGAGCACAACACAAACAGAUUACACUUCCAAUGAUGCUGAUGAUUAUGUACCAGUUGUAACUAAUGGCCACAAGCCACAGAGGCCGAGUUACCCGGGUUGUGGCGAACACUACACUCGGUCGAACCGUAUCGUAGGCGGCCAUUCGACAGGUUUCGGCUCGCACCCUUGGCAAGCUGCACUGAUCAAGUCGGGGUUCCUCAGUAAGAAGCUCGCUUGCGGUGGGGCGCUCAUAUCAGACAGAUGGGUGAUCACGGCAGCACAUUGCGUUGCUACGACACCAAACUCCCAGCUCCGAGUACGUUUAGGGGAAUGGGAUGUCCGCGACGCAGGGGAAAGGUAUUCCCAUGAAGAGUUCGCGGUGCAAAGAAAGGAAGUACACCCCUCUUACGAACCAGCAGACUUCAGAAACGACGUAGCUCUUGUGCAAUUGGACAGAGGGGUGGUUUUCAAACAACACAUAUUACCAGUAUGUUUGCCUCAAAAACAAAUGAAGCUAGCGGGCAAAAUGGCAACUGUCGCCGGAUGGGGUAGAACUAGGCACGGACAAAGCACCGUCCCUUCUGUAUUACAGGAAGUGGAUGUAGAAGUUAUACCGAACGAACGCUGUCAGAGAUGGUUCCGAGCGGCCGGGAGGAGGGAGACCAUACAUGACGUGUUUCUAUGCGCCGGAUAUAAAGAGGGCGGCAGAGAUUCCUGCCAAGGCGACUCCGGGGGACCCUUAACGAUGAAACUGGAGGGGCGAAGCACCCUCAUAGGGCUAGUCUCAUGGGGAAUAGGAUGUGGUAGGGAACAUUUACCAGGAGUAUAUACAAACAUACAGAAAUUCGUGCCUUGGGUGGACAAAGUUAUCGCCGCUCAGUGAUAUAAAUAUCGAUUGAUGAAAACAAAUCAAAACAAAAAUGGAUAUCCAUACUAAUAUUGUAAAGUGUGUCUGUCUGUUACCUUUUCGCGUUUAAACCGCUAAACCGAUUUAGAUGAAUUUUGGAGUCUAGAUAGUUUGGGAUCGGACAUAGGAUAGUUUUCAUCCCAGAAAUUAUCCUUUAAAUGGAUAAAAAUAAUGUAUAAUACACCCCCUAGUGAUAUAUAAGUAAACUCUUAGGCAGACGAAGCUUAGUGGUUAAACUUAAUUUUGUUGAGUUUAGGUCAAUAUGAGACCACUACAUACUAGAAAUUAAUGAUGAGAUUUUAAAGGAUCAUACUUUUGCAUUGGUACAAAACACAAAUUAAAGAAAACUAAGAGAAACAUCAAACAUAAUAAAAAAAAUGGUUGCCUGUAAAGUCGGUUUUACGGGCGAAGAUUUUACGUGACAACGUCUUUUUCUCGGUAGAAUAUUUAUUGAUAUGAAUAUAAUUAAAUUGCACAAUAGGAACAAGGAAUUGAAUGAAAAUAAGAAUUGCACAAAUUUUAACUAUAGAAAUAUAUUUUGUUUACUAAAACAUUGUACAUGUAAACUUAAACUUAACACGAGAGACUCAUCGUAACGUUACCGAGCGUUACACUUUUUCAUAAGUGACUCCCAGCCGCAACCUAAUUUAAGACGUUGUCACGUCAAAAAAAGGAAUCGGUGUAUUAUAUGUCAUUGUUAAUAGAUGCAGCCAAUUGUAUCAACAAUCGAAAGAUGUUAAAAGGCGUGAUAUGAAAUUGAAAUAUCGUCAAGAUAUAAUAAUGAAAAUGCUUGGUGUGAAAAUAUUUUUUUACAUUAAAUUAUUUUUUGUAUGAUUGUUUUAUUGUUAAAAAAUGUAGUAUGUACAGUUUGAAGUCAACUCAAAGGACAAUGGGCCAACGUCCAUGUUUUUUUUUUUAUUAAUCAGUUUUAUUUUUUACUUUUAUUUGUUUUUAACGAUGUAAAUAGUUAUUGGAUAGAAGUCAUAGAUAAGGUCUAAGAGAUAAAUUUGUUCCUUAUCUUUUGUUUCGGUGCUAAUUUUCUCCGGAAAUAUACAAAAAAUUGUGUGUGUCAGCUCCGACGCACGACUGGAGUUUACUCCUUAAGUUCGAUAGUCUAAACAGACGCAAAAAGAGUUUAUUUAACUUAAAAAAGAUUGAUACUGUAUGAAAGGGUAAGUUAACAAAUUAAUGAAAAUAAUAUACAUAUAUAAAUAUAUAUUUAUUCAUUUCAUAUACAUUUAUUAUAACUAAUUGACGAAAUAUUUUAUAUUAAACUUUUUACAAUAGUCAAUUACAGAUGUGCAUAAAUAUAUCAUUAGGAAUGUUGAUAAAUUAUGUAAUAAUUAUUAUCAGACUAUUAUCAUUUUUUAAAAUAUUAAUUAAAUCAACAUUGUCUGCAUUAUUAAUUAUAGUGACAAGUGGUUUAUGGUAACUAAAAUAAGACACAUGGACGUUCGUAGAUACGUGGUUCACGAAUCUUGAAAAUACCACAUCAAUGGUUGAACCAUACCUCGUUGUCCUCAUUGCUCUAUCAGAAACAAUAUCUUAAUUCAGUUCAGAUUUAAAAAAAAAAUAUUAAUGUCAAUCCGUCAUCUUUAUUUGUCAAAGUUGCGCGACAUAGGAUGCGCACCAAAAACGUAACGAGGUCAUUCAUCGAUAGAUUUUACUCCUCACAUUUUUCUCAUACCGGGCCCCUUUCCAAUGCAAAUCGAUUCUUAAGGAGUAAACUCCAAAAAUAUUUUGUUUUAUUUCUAAAUUGUGGUAUUAUAAAUAUGAAAUACCUGUAUUGUAUUUUGUCAGUUAAAACUUUCAAUUUAAUACGAUAUGAUAAGCAAAAGCAAGCCAAAUUAAAACUCUAGAUUGUCUGUUGUUGCUGGUUUCGCAAGAAUGGGAUUCAUUAAGGUCCCACGGAUGUUUUAAUUUAAUAUGUUAGAUGUUAACUUAUUUAUUUGUGAACUUGUUGUAGACAAAUGCGAGUUUUUAUAAAUGAUUAUUUUGUAAUAAAUUGUUUUUAUUUUACGUAGAUGUCU